AAAUUUUGUUUCGCCCCAACAAAUUAGUACUGUUACUACUGAAAACAACGAAAUAGAUUUCUCAAUCGGAACCCUAAUUUUGAGUCUUUUGACGAAAUGCUACAACCAGAAGAAGAAAUUAUCCCACGCCACAAUCCAAAAUGGAACAAAUCUUCCAUAGUUAGUUGCUUGGUUUCUUUGAUCUCAGUUUCCUUUACACACUUCUCCUUCUCUUUGCUCCCUUUCUUCCUCCCAGCUUCAUCCUUCCUCUCCCUUCUUCCUCUCUCAGCGGUGUUGCUCGUACUCGUGAUGGGAUUGGGGAGAUUGUGCAAGAGGGUUGCUGGAGUGAGGGCUUCGGCGCCAGCUUUUGUUUUCUUCAGCAUUCUUUUCGUAUGGGCUAUUUACAUAUCUGUGGUUCGCCGAGUUAUUUCAUCUUUGUUGGACAUUGUAAUGAACAUUGAAAUGAUUAUGGUGUUAAUCGGCCUAUGCUGUAUUAUGUUAUCAGACCCUGGAUUUUUGACCCAUCAUUCUUGCGCUCACCUAUCUGGUCAGAAUUCUAUCGAGGAAAUUAAAUCCCAUGGAGAGGAAUUGAAAGUUUCAACUUCAGUUGCACAUCAAGAGUCCCCAGCUGAAGAAGAAUUUACUAGAUACAGGAGGGUAAGAUAUUGCAGGUACUGCAAGAAUUAUGUUAUGGGACUUGAUCAUCAUUGUCCUGCUUUUGGAAACUGUAUAGGUCAAAGAAAUCAUGCUCUUUUUAUCAUGCUUGUUGUUGGUUUUGCAAUAUCUGAGGCUUCUUUUGUAGUGUGUGCUUCACAUUUUACAGCUAAGUCUGAGACCUCAAAAGAAAUUGGAGAAAAGCCUAUUACAUUGAGAAACUUGGUUGUUGGUACGGCAUUAUUUUGCGUGAUUCAAGUGGUUUGGCAGGUGGUUUUCAUAAUGUGGCAUGUCCAUUGCGCAUGUUUUAACAUCAAAACUGAUGAAUGGAUAAAUUGGAAAAAUUAUCCAGAAUUCCGGAGUAAAGUCAUACCCCAUGAAGGCCAGCCCCAUCCCGACGCACAAUUCAUUAACCCUUACGACAAAGGAAUUUUAAGAAAUCUGAAGGAGUUCUUUGCAACAGAUGCAUAUCUUCCUUGCAGAUUGUGAUCAUUAUCCAUCAAAAGCUCUUUUCAUCUUUUACAUAAUGCCUAAAGCUAAAACUGGAGAGCCCGCCCCACGUGUUAUCUAAACCGAGAACAGAGGAUGCCCGAUUCCGAUGAGGCUCUUUUGGUGGUGCGUCACCAGAAAUCACCAACCUCAUGCACUCCAUAAAACUGGGGGUUUUCCUGAUGUUUUUAACCGCUGAGCUCGGACCUUGUCUGAUGGACUCGAGGCUGACGAUCGAUUCAAUCUGGACGAGUCAGUUAUGAAUCGAAUCAAAGAUAAGCCCCAUUCUCAACAUGGUGACACUGACAGGCUGCAAUCUGUGUAACUGUUUGAUUUGUUUUUGAGUGUUGUGUUUUAAAUCGUAACAGCAAGGAGACUUUUAGACAAGUGUAUUUUGGAAUAUAUUUUCUGCAAAAAUUAUAGGCUUUAUCCUAAUAUAUGAGAUAUAUCUUAUGUUAUUGUCA